ACAGAGCAAACGUGUCAAUAAUUCGUCAACCAAGGACAGUGUUUGGUUCUAGGAGACUCUGGAGUUGGAAAAACAAGUCUGGUGAGGGCUAUCACUGGAAAGCCUUUCGACGAAAUGGAAGCAAGAACGCAAGGAAUUGAGCAAAGCCUUGUUGAUGAGAAAUGGCAGAACUUAGAUAUGAAAGAUCUUACUUUUGGCAGCGUAAACCGAUUCUUUCGAGCAAUUCGUAUUCAACUAAUGUUUUAUGGAAGGGCUGGAGAAGUCAUUUUCCAGCAAUCUUGGUUUCGGAAAAGCCAAAGUCGUCGCGAGCUUCUUCUGGGGCAAAUAGCAUCUUUAUUAUAUAUAAUUAUGGAUCCUCCGAAAAAAAAAUUACUACGCGGUUCUCAUAAUGAUUGCUUUUCUUUAUGUUUUCUUUAUUUUUCUUUUCUGCGAAUCUUGGUUUGUUUUCUCUUCAAAAGAAGAUUGGAGAUUAAAGCUGAGCUUAUACUGUUUUAUGAACAACCCCCUUGAAUUAAUGAUAGGAGCAUUUCAUUCUGUUGUGUUUUACCGUUUUAUUUGUGUAAUCAAUGACGGCGAGCUAUCUAAAAUUACAAUUUUUCAAGUUAUCCUCUUUAUAGUUACAGUUAUCGCUCUUGGGUACGUUGCUCACAUACUCUUAAGAGGCCCACGAUCUUUUGUUUUGGAGCGAAAGUGUCCGCAUCCAGGUCAACUGAAGUUUAACAACCAAAGACCACUAGAAGUAAUGUUUUUUAGUCGUUUCAUCUUAAACAUCUCUAUAGGCUUCAUUUUCGUUACACUGAUCGGUGCAUUUUCAAAAAUUAUAGGGCAGGUUUCUAUCGUGAUGAUUUACUUUUACUUUGCUAUUUUCUUGGUGGAGUCAGUGCCUCGAAUUCUGAAAUCAUUACCAGAGUGGUAUCAAUGGGCAGAGUUGAUGUUAGGGGUUAUUUAUCUUUUAUCUGUUUUCGCAUGCCUUCCCUCUUUAAGCGAGAGAUUUUCCAUGACGUUAUUUGUUCUUUUAUGUGAUACAGUACACCAAGAAUACUUUUGGUUGGCAUCUGCAAUAUCAGCAUCUGGCCAUGACCACGAAGGUCCAAGUAUGUAUCCUGCAGUACAGUUGGAAAAAGCAGUAAUAAACCACAGACAAUUGAAAAAUGCCCUGAAUCAGAAGUGGUCUUCUUUGAAACUUAAGAUUCUUGAUUUUGCUGGAGAUAAAGAGUAUCAUGCCUACUUCCACAUGUUUCUAAGAAGUCAAGCUAUUUAUGUCAUUGUAUUUAAUAUUGCUGAGUUUGCAGAGGAUAGUCUCAGAGACUUGUCUGCAAAAAUAAAGAGUCUCCACCCUUGGCUUGAGUCUGUUUGUAGCCACGUGCCACCAAUUACUCCACUUCUUCUUGUGGGAACACAUAGGGGGAACAUGGAGCAAUCCACUAUGGAAAGAAUCAAUGACCAUCUAAAGGAAAACUUUUGGGAUCUUUUUUGUGAUGAGCUGGUUUUAAACAAAGAGUAUGGGUUUAUUUUUUUUCCUGUUGAAAACUCCUUGGGUCAAAACGAUGUUGGGAUUCAAACUUUUCAGAGAGCAAUCAUGGCUACUGCAGAGGAACUUAAGACAACUAUUGGUCGGAACAUUCCUCUCUCUUGGAUCCAGAUCCAGGAUGCCCUCAUCAGUAUGAAGGGUGACAAGGGAGCAAAAGUCUGUGUGAUGUUAGAAGAGUUUCCUACUGUAUUUGACAAUUUCAUUUGCACCAACUGGACUGAAGAGACACUGAAAUACUUUCACGAGAAGGGUUUUAUUAUGUACCUCGACAAAGAGCCAAAGAGGGUUCUGCUUAAUCCUGAUAUACUAAUUGAUAUUAUCAUCAGACUUGUCACUCAACAACCUGAAGGGUUUCCUCAAAGAGGUUACAGACGUCACUGGAACCUAUUGCGUGACAAAGGAAUGCUGACCAAACCCCUACUAGAGAGUAUCCUCUCAAAAGUGGUGCAGGAAAAUAAGGAAGAUGUGACUGCAUUCCUCGAAGAAUAUGACUUGAUCUGCCCUUUGACAUACCAAAAGGCUCCUGUAAAUGAGGAACCUCUGGCUCCAAUUUUCUUUGUUCCAGCACUGUUGCCAAUUUCUACCAAUGCAAACACUCCGUUGUGGAGUGACAGACCUUUAGAUAAAAAGUUAUUUGUGUUUUUCAAGAAAUUCCUACCUGAGCCUUUCUUUCACUGUCUUCUCUCUUGUGCUCACAAGAACAGCAAAGCUGAGUUUUUCCACAGUCAACCUCUUAUUUUCAGAGAUGCUGGCAAGUUCUGGUUGAAUUCCAAACAGCCUUACAGAUUAAAACUGCUAAAAGACAUGAAGAUGAUAGAGGUGACUUUCAUCAGUAGUCAAAAAGGGAUGAGACCCUCAGAUGUGCUGCGUCAGGUAUAUGCCAUGGUGGAUGGAAUUUGCAAGAGGAGUUUCCCCUUUGUAAAGUUUCAUUGUGGACCUGCCUGUCCCUCACCCGAGUGCCCUGGUCACCAGGAAGAAGGUGAUUUCCUGGCACAUGCAGUGGGUGAACCAUCUGUAGAGAGAUACCAUGUGUAUAACAUCAUGCCUGGACGUAAGGGAGAUAGAAUCCCUUUCAUGUACUGUGUAAACCAGUGUUUUGAGGAUGAGCUGAUUGAAUGGAUACCAUAGUUAUGGUGACAUUGAAUCCAUUCAUCUAACUUGUGUGCAUGACCUUUGCCCUGAGCAUGUGAUAUGCUGUAGGUAAAGAGUUAUGUGUGUUCAUGAUAGCAAAACUAAGUCUGCAUACAUCUCCUAUCUCCUUGCACACAGAUGUAGACCAUACAUUGAGUGAGCUUUAUACAUAACAUGAUAAGGAAUAAUUUGAUAAAACUUGCCUGAGUUGUACACUUGAAAAUUAGCACAAUAAUAGCCCAAUAA